CAGUGCGCAAGUGUUUGCCGCAAUGAGCUUGACUUUGAUGUUCAUGAGGUGGGUUUUUUUUAGGGAUUUUUUUUAGGGACGGCUCUAGAAUUAAACCCAAUUAGUCAUUAAUCAAUUCCAUUCCAGUCGCUGCGCCAUUCUGCUUCAGGUUUUGGCACUAACAGGGCUUUAGGAGUCUCUUGUGGAUGACAGCGGGGAGCAGUGCUGGAGAUGCUGUAGCUCACACAACCGCUAGAAGACAAACGCCGUGGUCCUCCCACCUUACCAAAAAGCUCCCGAGUGGAGCUCAAGGAACAGGAACUGUUUCUAAUAAACCGAUGAAUGGUACUUUGCGCCGGAUCCCGAGUCUGACUCUGCGUGGAAGCGGGGCGCACACACAGGCAGAAGGACAGUCUUUUCUUUCAGUUAAACCCGGGGUGGAAAAGACGCAGCAAUGACAGAGCAGCAGUCGUGCGCAGCGGCGAAAUAGACCAACUAUUGUGGGGACGGAAGAUUGAUAACACAACUGGGCGAGCAACGAGAGCGGCAGAUGUAAUUUCCAAACGUUGCAGUUGGUUUGGUGCCGGUGGUGUGCCGGAUGGGUUGUUAUUGCGUUCUCCUUUUCAUCAUUCACUGCUUCCAGCGUUUCCAGAUUACUUGGGGAUCUCGGACGGCUGUCUGUGUGAGGGAGUAUUGCUGCAGAGACUAACGGGGAAUGCCAUGUGUCGUUGCGCGACAUAGAAGCUCUUUGUGGGCUGUUUUGCACCGGGGACAGGUGGUGCCGUUUGUGUGUGUCUGUAUUGAAACUAGCAGGGGGGCACGGACACACAACCCCUGAGACAGUUGUCUUAGGGAUGUCAGGCCGGCGUACGGAAUCAGUUUUUGCCAGAGACAGGUGCGACAGGGAGGAGUAGUUUACAAAGCCCUAUACAGGAUCUGGGAAACGCACUAACGAGCCUCCUCUCUCCUCUGAUCUCACUCUCGGAUUUUUGUUGUAUCCAGCGGGACUCACAAUCGACUCAUACUGUCGUUGCCUCGGCGGCACCUUUCCCCUCCCGAUAACCAGAGACUCCACAGUUGUGUUGCUAUGACGACCAUAGCCCCUCCCUCCUUCUUUCUGCUGUGUUGGCUGCUCCGAACCGCCAGCUCGGCGUUCCCUGAGGAACCGGGGCCCCUCAACUUCAUCCCCACUGAAGUGGUGAGAAGACACCCAGUGUUUCUGGGCCGACCCCACCGAACAUGGCUGAGACAAGAGCCUCUACACAUCCAGAGGAUCCUCCAAGUCAAUCGGACACUCUACAUCGGAGCCAGGGAUGACCUUUUCCGUGUGGAGUUGGACAUUGUUGCAGGAGACGAGAUGUUCUACAGCAAGAAAAGAACAUGGGAGUCAAACAAGAAUGACAUCAGGAUCUGCAGGAUGAAGGGCAAGCAUGAGGAUGAAUGCCGUAAUUUUAUGAAGGUGCUGCUCAGCAGACAAGGAGGGCUGUUUGUGUGUGGGACCAACGCCUUCAACCCACUAUGUGCCAACUACACCGGAGACACUCUAGAGAUGGUAGGAGACACGGUCAGUGGUAUGGCGAGAUGCCCCUAUGACCCCAAACACGCCAAUGUAGCUCUGUUUGCAGAGGGAAAUCUGUUUACAGCCACAGUGACGGACUUUCUGGCCAUUGAUGCAGUGAUCUACCGUAGCCUUGGGGACAGUCCAGCUCUGCGCACCGUCAAGCACGACUCCAAGUGGUUCAGAGAGCCGUAUUUUGUCAGUGCUGUGGAGUGGGGACCUCACAUCUACUUCUUCUUCAGAGAAAUAGCCAUGGAGUUCAAUUACCUGGAGAAGGUGGUGGUGUCACGUGUGGCGCGGGUGUGUAAGCGUGAUCAGGGUGGGUCUCAGCGUGUCCUGGAGAAGCAGUGGACGUCUUUUCUGAAGGCCCGAUUAAACUGCUCUGUCCCCGGUGAUUCUCACUUCUAUUUUAACCUGCUCCACUCCACGAGCCCCAUCAUCAGGAUGCACGGCAGGGACAUAAUCCUGGGGGUGUUCUCCACUCCGGCUAACAGUAUCCCAGGUUCGGCUGUGUGUGCCUUCGACAUGGAGCAGCUGGCUGGGGUGUUUGAUGGGAGGUUCAAGGAGCAGAAAUCACCCGAGUCUAUUUGGACGCCUGUUCCAGAUGAAGUCAUCCCAAAGCCAAGACCCGGUGGCUGUGCUGUUCAAGGUUCCAGGUUUAAUUCCUCAAACUCGUUCCCUGAUGAGAUGCUCAACUUCGUCAAGACCCACCCUCUGAUGGAUGAAGCCGUCCCAUCACUCGGACAAAGACCCUGGAUAGUCAGAACCAUGGUCAGGUACCAGCUAAAUAAGAUUGUGGUGGACACAGAAGCAGGGCCUUAUAGAAACCGGACCGUGCUGUUCCUCGGGUCCAGCAGAGGGACCAUCCUCAAGUUCCUCAUCAUGCCCAACCAGGACAACACCGUCACCAAUAGCAACAUCUUCCUGGAGGAGCUAGAGGGAUUCAACCCUGAUAAGUGUGCUGAAGACUCUCUGCAGGCCAGGCAGCUGUUGUCUCUGACUCUGGACCGAGCAAGCCACACUCUGCUCUUGGCCUUUCCCUCCUGUGUAGUCAGAGUACCAGUGGCACGGUGCCAGCUCUAUUCCCGAUGCAUGAAGAACUGUAUUGCCUCCAGGGACCCUUACUGUGGGUGGACCAGAGGAAGCACCUGCUCUUUCCUCAGACCUGGGACCAGACUGCCGUUCGAGCAAGAUGUUGAACAGGGAAACGUGGCCCACUUGGGUGACUGUGACGGAAUGCUGCUCCAAGAGAGUUUCAUCGAGGAGCCUGAUGGCCUGGUGUCUGUAAACCUGCUGGUGGUUUCUGCUGUUUCGGCCUUCGCAACUGGAGCUGUCCUCUCUGGCCUCACUGUCUGCUGGAUCAUGAGUCACCGCCACCGCCACUCUCGAGGCUCUGGAGCGAAUGGCGCCCGCCGCAAAAGUGACAAAGAGCAGAGCAUGCUGGGGCAGGGCCGCAGCGGGUCAGUAAUGAGCGUAACAAGAACCAGCGGCGGCGAGAGGCGUCGUUCACAGGCGGACAACCCCUUUGUCACGCCCAACGGUUGGCCCAAAGGAGAGAUGGACCCAGGUUUGCUGCCUACCCCGGAGCAGACCCCGUUGCAACAGAAACGGGCCAUGCGUCUCCCAGACACCGACUGGGACCAGAGCCAGACCUUCCUCACCGCUGUGGGGACGCCCUGCCCCAACAACUCUGUCAUCUAUCUAAGCUCCAAGUUCCUGCAUGGAGGUGGAGGGGGUGGAGGAAUGGUCCGGAUAGAGGACCCAGGGGAGGUCAUGCUGCCCCCGCACACAGAGCGCCAGCGCUACCUGAUCCUAGCCACCCAGAGAGGGGAGCACGGUGGCAGUCGUCCCAGCGGCACCCUGAGGAACUCAGCGGGAGAAUACAUCUACCCCGCCACGCCGCAGGACUCCCCCGACCGACGGAGGGUGGUUUCCGCUCCCACUCCCCACAUGGACUAUGGGGAGCCUCGCUGGAGUCACGAGGCGCUCAACUACAACAGCAACAAUGGAGCGCCCUAUCACCCCCAGCGUCAGGCCCUCAUCAGGCCAGAUAUGCAUGGGCCUCGAGGGCUGGGAGAAUUGGCUGACUUCAGCCAUCUUCUAGGGAAGAACAUGGGAGAGCGCACCCCCAGUGGCCAGUGAGGCGAAGUACGUGAGCCCUGGCACCAAGCUCUCUCUGAACACCCAUUCCCUCCAACAGCAGACUGGAAUAAAUCAACCCCUCAGACUCACUGUCCCGGUCCAACCUUACCCUGUCUGUCCUCUCUCACUGUCAUUCAAUGUUCUGACGUCAUUCAGCUGACUGAAGAGAGAGACAGAGAGAAAAGAAACAAAGAGAGAGUUGAAAAAGAGGAGAAAACUCUCCUCACGUCUCCGUUCCUCUGCUCUUAAUCUGAGGCGCACCCCUCUGCUCUGUAUGUGGUACGACCCGCAGAGCUUGACUUUGACACCACAGGACAAACAGAAAGGUAAAGCGAGGGGUGCAGCGGAAAGUGAAUCUUCUCAAAGCAACAUGUGGGGAUUAAAAAAAUGAAAAAUUCGCUUGCAGCGCCAAAUGUGAAAGGUCUCCCUCCACCAUUAUGUUCACCGUUUUGACACCAUGGAUCUUGUUUGAGUGUGAAAUUUUGUUUCUGCUUUUGUUUUUUUGUGCCAGUGGCAUCCAGCAGACAACAAUGUGCUUUACUAUGGAUUUCAGAUGAGACUAAAACUGUUGUAGCCGUGCCAGAGGACAUUGACUCUCAAUGAAUCAUGCAGUGUGUGUAUGUGAUUGUGUGUAUGUGUGAAUGUGAGUGGCCACAACAACCCCAACCAGUAUCCUGUCUUUAACUGUGAAGUAUAACUAUAUAAUGAAGUUUCGUAAGGAGGAGGUUGAUGUUAACAUUAUUUUCCUUUUUAUAAACAAUCACAGAGAGACAGAUGGAUUUUAUUCUAUGUCUCUAUGAAGCUGUAUGUGUUUAGCAAUCAGAGGUUUGGAUGGUUGACCAGUGGCUGGUGAAGGGUUGAGACACUUAUUGUAAUUUCUGUGAUUCCCAGUACCUCAGAGGCAGCACUGGAUAGAGCCAUCAUGAAGUGAAAGAAAGCAAUAAUAAGCAAGACACAUGAAGAUGAAGUUAAAGCCAAUUUAAUUUUAUAUUUUAUAAUAUAAUUGUUUUCUCAGCAAAGCAAACUGGAGUUUAGAGAUGUGAGGAGAAGCUGGGUGCUGGGAAAAGGAACAAUAGCUCGCCUCCAUUCUUCCCUCCCUAGCUGCCUCUCAGUAUGCCUGGGUCUGUCUGACCUGACCUGAGGCCCCCCUGGGCUCCGCAGUCCAUUUGAAGGAGGGAAUGUGAGCUGUGGCUGUCUGGCUGUCUGACUGGGUCUGUGAGGCCCGGCCGCUUGGGAGCUCCAUUCAGGGCUCUUCUGCCCGACACUGAGCCUCUUUGUGCCCCAGAAGCAGGAGGAGACUGCGGCAACAAAUAGCCGUUAAGAGUCAGGGACCUAGCCCAGCACCGCAGCCUAGCAGAAUAUCAAUGAGGAGGACAGCAGCUCCAUUCGUCAUGUGAGAUGUACCAACCAGGACCGGGCAUCUCUUAUGCUUCACCCACUCUGGUUAUUCACUGGUUUGCCAGGACAGGGAGGAGCUGGGGGCUGAAGCUGGGGCUGAGGCCAGAGUUGGGGCACUGCUAACUGUCACAAUGGUCAUCCCUUGUGGCUUUAUCCCUUUCUGUCUUUCAGUGUGUUUCACCACAAAAGCGGGAUAAAGAAAACAGAUGGGCAUGGGUAUACUUGGGUGUGGAGUUACUCUUUCACUCCGUUGUCUGAUCUUUUGAUGUUUUCUGUUUUUGUGUGUUCUCAUCCGUUCUUGAUUCAAAUGUAGAUCCAGAGAUAGCUUUUUUUUCUCAUCUGGGUCAUGGUGUGGGGGUGUUUUUUUGUGUGUGUCUCUCUUUGGGUUUGUGUACAUGAAUGCUUUACUCAUAUUGAGUGCAAAAAAACAGCUUUGAUCAAAUUUACUCUCGUUCUCACCCUUCUUUUUUUUUCAACCCUGUUCCUUUCUCUGAGCCAUUAAUGUUGUGGAGCAGCCUUUUGCGUGACAUUCACAAAUCCGUGCUAACAGUGGCAGAGCCCUGCGUGGGAGAAUGUAUGCUAUACAAUAUAUUUAAACCUUUAUACUUUACACAAAGAAGUGCAACUAAAAUGGAAAAGCCGGGCUCUGCUCAGUUGAAGGGGACUUGAAGGGUCAUAUGGUAGAUACACAGUACACACACAAGAAAAUAUCACAGUGUUCAAAAACUAUUUUCAUCAACAUUUAACGUUUUCAGCCCCACAACUUAAUUGACUUGGUUCAGCUCUCAUCAGUGUCUUCUCAGUAAUGCUCAUAAAAAUCAUCUGUACUCCACCAGCUCAGCACCAAACGGCAGACAGACAAAGUUAGCAACUAGCGGGUGAACAUAUUGCCGCAUUUAGCAGCUAAAGAGCCAGAUAUUUCCCUCAGGAGUUUGUAGAGACCAAAAAUGAAAAGAGCUAAAAGGAGAAUAACUAUCGGACUUACAUUCACCAACACAACACCAAAUGUAAUUGCUCCAUAGCUGGAUGGAUGUGUAAGAGGCAACUUAAAAGUGGUAAUAUGCCAGUGUUGUGUUUACACCUUGUUUUUGCUACCCCCAAGUGGCCAAAUAAUCAAUUAAUGAAGGUCUUGUGUAAAAAUGCUAAUGCCUUUUUUAACAACAAACAACAUAGUAAUGACACUGUUUAAACACAAGCAGUUGUACAAGAACUUUCCCUGAAUACAAUUUUUUUGUCAAAGUUUAAAUCUGAUCUGAUCAAAUAAAAGUAAACAAGAUUGCAAAUCUGACCAAAUAUUCAAUACCAGCUGACAGGACAUACAGACACAGUGUUGAGGUUCAAAACACACACCGGCCCUAGAAAAUACACAGCCGGAGCUGGAGGUACUGAGACAAGCCAGCGAAAGAGAUUUAUGAAAGCAAGGACAGAGGAGGAGGUCAGACGGGCGAACAUGAUGUUACUACAUUACCGCCUCACCACAUUAGUACAGUGUAUUCUUUACGCAUUCCACCCUGAAACAGGUCAUUAGUAUUGAGGAUACGGAGCCCUCCACCAGCCAGGACCCUCAUCUCAUCGUCUCCAUCUCGGCUGUGACCUGAGUGCUGCUUGUGUGUGUGUGUGUGUGUGUGUGUGUGUGUGUGUGUGAAUGAGGCCUCUCUGUCUCGGCCGGCUUGCCUAGCCAGCCGUGUCCUCGCUCUGCAUCUCCUCCGGUGUUUCACUAAACAUGCUUGAUUAGGCAAAGUACAUUCCCGGCCCUCUAAUGGCCUGAUGAGCCCUUGAGAAGAUUACUACAGACACAUCAGCCCUGAGAGGGAGGUGCACGUUCAACCAGCUCUUUACCCCUCCACUAAGGGACACACACACACACACACAUGCAUACACACAAAUAUUGUCGGCCCUUUAACCAAAUUUGGGAUGCAAUUGAAUUAACAUCAGAAGCAGAGCUCAGGCUUGAAAUAGGCCGACACUGCCUGGUUCUAGGAGAGAUACUGUACAUGAUGUUAUCUUAAUCUAUGAUUUGAUUACCUUGGUUGAACAUUACAGAGCAGCUAAAGAAUUCAGGUGUAACCUCGUGGAAGUCAGUUGGUUUAUUAAAGCCAUCAUGCUCCCUCUUCUUUACAUACUACAUGUCAUUCCCAUUCCUCCUCUUUCAACAGCUGCACUUUGUCUUCUUCUUCUUUCAAGCGCCCUUUUAGUGUUAACAGACCCGCACUUCUUUCUGCACACACACACGUAACAUCUCUACCUAAUACAGGCCUGUGCUUUUGUCCUGUUCCUCACUAUUGAAGGUUAGUUAGUUAAUUUAAUGAGUCCGUGACAGAAACAGAAAUCAAAGUCACUCACAAAAUCCUGCUUUAUUUCACAUCAAAUCCUUAAUGUGUUACAAUUUUUUUUAGACAUUUUCAAAUCUUCUCAAGCGGGAAAUUGCUUUCCUUUGCUUAGAAAUGAUUUUGUGUUUUGGAGUUUUGUUUGUUAAAUGUAGCACAUAUUGCCUCCAGUCCUACACACACACACACACACACACACACACACACAUUAUCCCUCUUUAUCUCUAUUCUAUACACAUCAGCACACACACACACACACACACAGAAAUUCCCACCCAGCCCUCAUGACCCAGUCUGUUUUUCUUAUUUAUCAGGUUGUGUCUGUGUGUUUGUUAAAGAGACCAUGCCUUUGUGUGUUGUUGGGGUUGUUUGUGCCGUGUGGCCUCAGUGAUGCGAUGCCCCCCAGCCAAUAACUGCCAUCUUGCCCUACAGUGCUCGACUGUACUGUAUGUGCGCUGUGCCCUAGAUCGAGUCCUUGUAUUAAAUCCACCAUCGCAGUAGGGAGCAGUGACAUGAAGCCGCUCCCUUCCAGCCAACAUCUGAGAGGGGAAGAAAAGCACAAAAACAAGGCAAAAACAAAAUCAACAUUUGCAUUUUUGUAAAGUUGUAGAUGUAUUUAGUCAGCGCUGAUCAUUUCUGUCAUGUUUGUUUUUUCUAUAGUUUGUUUCUGUGGUAGAUAUUUGGUUUGAAAUUAUAUGGAAUAUUAUUGUAUAUGAUUUCAAUUUCAAUUCUCUGGUGUGCUGGAUUUGAUGACGACAAUGAAGACGAACCUGAUGACUAUCAUGAUUAUUAUUAAAUUGACAGUGACAAUGAAGCAGUACUGUGAGCAGCACUGAGGUGUUGCGUCCUGUUCGGAUGCUGAAUCUAAAAAGGAAAUGGUAGAAGAAGAAGAAGAAGAAGAAGAAGAAGAAGAAGAACAAGAAGAAGAAGAGGAAGAAGAGUGAAUGGACUCAUACAGGCUGAGGUUCAAAAAGAGAUUCUACUUUUCUCCUGCGGAGUGGAGUCUCCUGCUACUGUGAAGGACCCCGCAGUCCUGUGGCUCUCACCAGAGGCUGGCUCCGCCGUCGCCCCAGGGACCUCGGGGCAGGCUGUCAUCAGAUGACAACACAUGUCCCUACUACGUGUACAUAACCUUGAUGCUUACAUGUAAUUUAAGUGCAGUAGCUGCAUGACGACACAGCCUCUGUGUGUGUACAGAAGUAGCGACGUGUGAAUUUGUACAGUACAUGCAAGUGUGUGUGCUUGUGUCCGCGAAGAAAUCUGUCUGUCGUCACGCAAAAAGCAACACAUGCAUGCACCCUCUGACAACUGCACAGUACACACACAGACACACACACACCACACACACACGCAACCAUUCUCCACAUUGUCCUGAGCUCUGCCUGUCACUCCGCAUGGAGACUUUGCUCUAUGUCAACUUUCUUAUUCUAAUAAACCACUCAGACAUUGA